CCACAUCAACACCACGCUCCCUCUCUGGAUACCCCGUCUCCCUCGGAACCUACUUCUUCAUAGACUCACCCAUACCCCCCACACCAUCAUGGACCGGCUAAGCAGAAUGUUGGCCGCCGCGCAGGGCAUGGGAGGCAUGGGCGGAGGUCCCGCACAAGACACCAACCUGAUCGACAACUCGGAAACCGUCUACAUCUCGUCUCUGGCGCUGCUCAAGAUGCUGCGGCACGGGCGGGCGGGUGUGCCCAUGGAGGUCAUGGGCCUCAUGCUGGGCGAGUUUGUGGAUGACUACACAGUACGCGUCGUGGAUGUAUUCGCCAUGCCGCAGUCCGGUACCGGUGUUUCCGUCGAGGCUGUCGACCCCGUCUUCCAGACCAAGAUGAUGGACAUGCUGAGGCAGACAGGAAGGCAAGAGACGGUCGUCGGCUGGUACCACUCACAUCCUGGCUUCGGCUGCUGGCUGUCGUCCGUCGACAUCAACACGCAACAGUCCUUUGAGCAGCUCACGCCCCGCGCCGUCGCCGUCGUAGUCGAUCCCAUCCAGUCCGUCAAGGGCAAAGUCGUCAUCGAUGCCUUCCGCCUAAUAAAUCCGCAAACCCUCAUGAUGGGCCACGAGCCCCGCCAGACCACAUCCAACGUCGGCCACCUCAACAAGCCCUCGAUCCAAGCCCUCAUCCACGGCCUGAACCGCCACUACUACUCAAUAGGCAUCGAUUACAAGAAGACUGCGCUGGAGGAGAACAUGCUGAUGAACCUGCACAAGCACGUCUGGACCGAGGCACUGCUGAUGGAGGACUUCAAGGGCGAGGGCGAGCGGAACAACGACAGGCUGCAGAAGCUGGUCUCGUUGGCCGAGGGUUACGAGAAGCGCGUCAAGGAGGAGACGGAGCUCACCAAGGACCAGCUCAAGACGCGAUACGUUGGAAAGGUCGACCCCAAGAAGCACAUCGAAGACGUCGGCCAACAGCUCAUCGAGGACAACAUCGUGUCCGUCUCGCGACAAAUGAUCGACAAGGAGGCCUCGGUGCCAAAGCCAGCCUCGCGGCAAAACGGAAAUGCCGAAGCCAGCAACGACGAUGUCGAGAUGGAUGAGUAGAUUUCACCCCAGAGCAGCUUGACCAUCGUCUUGCACAUGAAAGAGUAGGCUACAAAGCAUGUCUCACCGAGGCCUACUUGCGUACCAGGAGAUACGGACCAAGAAGCUUGGAGCAGAUCACUUGGCACGAACGAUAUCCUCCCAUCAUGAUGGUGCAGGCACGACGGGGUGCCGUGGAGAGCGCUACAGCAGACGCUCUGCAGAAGAAGUCCAAUUCGGCAAAUACGAAGCAUGCCGUAGAGAAAUGCCAUCAAUAGCAUGAUAUAAUGAAACAUCAUACAAACAAAUUA